CCAUCACUUUCCCACUUGACGCAUUUUAACCACAUCCAUAUGUUUCAGGGCUGGAUGUGGGAAAUAAGAAAUCCGUGCCGCUAGCUUACAUUUCACAGCUGUUGCCAGCGAUUGCAGCUCCUCCGCUGCAGGAAAACACAACUGCCGCCAGAUUCUCAACACUUUACUUUACGGAAAGGCUUUUACACCGAACGGAUUCCCCGCUGGCUGCUUUUUUCGGGGCGUUAUCCGACCACCAUGUCGCCGAUGUCCAAGUAGUCGUGGUCGGAGGUCGAGGAUGGCGGCAGACGUGGAUAAAACGCCCCCCGGGAAUGAGAGAGUUUUGUCACGGCCGAAUGGGCACCGGAGCCCGGGCUCUGGAUCCCGGCUCUCCCGCAGGCUCUGGACGCUGCUCGUGGUCGCCGCGGUCCCUUUCCUCGCCUGCGGGAUCAAACAUUACCAGGAUGCCCAGCUGCUCCAACGCCAUGAAGAGAGUGUUCGAACCCUGGGUGCAGAGGGGCUCUUUCUUUUCUCCUCCUUGGACACAAACCACGACCUUUAUCUCAGUCCAGAGGAGUUUAAACCUAUUGUUGAGAAACUCACAGGGAUUACACCCCCGGUCGAUUUUGAGGAGGAAGAGAUCUAUGACCCCGAUGGAGAGACUUUGACCUUGGAGGCCAAAAUGCAGCCUCUACAGCUUGACUCCAUGACAAAAAGCAAAGAUGGAUUCCUUGGGGUGUCUCACAGCUCUCUGAGCGGGCUGCGCUCAUGGAAGAGUCCGGCGGUGCCGUUUUCCGCCUUCUCUGCCGGCCAGUUUAGGGCCCUCUUGCCCCCGAAGAACAAGGUGGAAGUGGGUGACACGUGGUGGGUCCUUCCCAGCGAGCUCAACAUCUUCACCGGGUACCUGCCCAACAAUCGUUACCACCCUCCCACACCAAAGGGCAAAGAGGUUCUCAUCCACUCCUUGUUGAGUAUGUUCCACCCGCGGCCCUUCAUCAAAUCCCGUUUUGCUCCUCAGGGCGCGGUCGCCUGCAUCCGUGCCAGCAACGACUUUUAUUAUGACAUCGUGUUCAGGAUUCACGCAGAAUUUCAGCUCAACGAUGUUCCAGACUUUCCCUUCUGGUUCACUCCCGGGAAGUUCACGGGCAACAUUGUUCUUUCUAAAGAUGCAUCUCAUGUCCGUAACUUUCACCUCUACGUCCCCAACGACAGGUCUCUGAAUGUGGACAUGGAGUGGCUGUACGGGGCCAGUGAGAGCAGCAACAUGGAGGUGGACAUCGGCUAUCUGCCACAGUUGGAGCUGCAGUCCACCGGCCCGUCCACUCCCUCCGUCAUCAUGGAUGAGAAGGGCAACGUCAUCGACAGGCGGGAGGGGGGGGGUGAGCCGAUCCAGUUCGUCUUCGAGGACAUCCACUGGAGCUCAGAGAUGAGUCGGCAGGAAGCCGACCGGCGCUUGGAGGUCACCCUCUACCCCUUCAAGAAGGUGUCCUACCUGCCUUUCUCAGAAGCCUUUGAGCGAGCCGAGGCAGAGAACAAACUGGUGCACUCCAUUCUGCUUUGGGGGGCAUUGGACGACCAGUCCUGCUGAGGUUCGGGGCGAACUCUCCGGGAGACCGUUCUGGAAAGUUCGCCCGUCCUGGCCCUGCUCAACCAGAGCUUCAUAAGCAGCUGGUCUCUGGUCAGAGAGCUGGAGAACAUGCAGGCUGAUGAACAGAAUCUUGUGUUGAGUGAAAAGGCCCGAUUACACCUGGAGAACUACAACUUCCCCGUCGAGAUGAUGGUGGCUCUGCCCAAUGGAACUAUUAUCCACCACAUCAAUGCCAACUUCUUCCUGGACCAGACGGCCAUGAAACCAGAGGAGGAAGGAGCCCCUUUCAGCUUCUCUGGAGGGUUUGAGGACCCGUCUACAUCCACAUAUAUCAGCUUCCUGAAGGAGGGGCUGGAGAGAGCCAAGGAGUACCUGGCACAGUAACUGGGCUGUGCGACACCAAACGGAAGGAAAUGAUCAUCAUUCCUCUGAUGUAAUGGUCCAAGAUAAGGAAAAGCCUCUGAGAGUUGUGUAGAUAAGCUUCCUCAUCAGUGUCGGCAGCUGACGUGUUUCGUUUUCUGUCCCGUUGUUAUUUAUUUGGGCGUCUUUCUUGCUCGGAAAGUUUUAUAUCCAGCGACAAACUUAACGUGGAAAUACUGCUUCUCAAACCCAAUGAUACUGUUAAUGUAGCUUAUUUACUUAGAUACAAAGCAGUAACAGGUAUAUUAACACAUUUAGGCCGGCUUCUUUUGGGUGUAGCUUCUGAUUAAAUUUUUUUUUAAAUGUAGGCCGAGGCUCCUCACAAUGCAGAAAAGUCCUAUAUCUCUUAUUUUACAUCUCGUUAUGUCAUGUGCAUUUUUUUAAUGACUUGAGUUUGUUUUCCUGCUGCUGAUCGUACCCACAGACAGGGAGAGGGGGGGGGGGGCAGCUGUUGCCUUCAGUUGUUUCAGCAGCUUGUGAAGACGUUGCCUGAAAUCUCUCUUUGGGCCGGGCGACGCCUGAUGUUAUUGCUGAGGCUGCUGGAGGGAAUCUUCCCCCCCCCCCCCAUCCCCCGACUCAGGGGACAAAAGCAGGAAAAACAUGGGCUGUGGCGCUCAGAAUUAUUUAAGUUAUCUUCAAAUUUAAACCAAGUGUUGAAUGUUUAGGAAGAUACAACCGCACCAAAGAGCAUUUUAAUAUGUACAGAAGCUUAGUGCAGCUGGAACAGCUGUCAAGGUUCAUAUUUAUACAUCUAACGGGAACCCAAUGGUUACAGGUCUGAUUCUUGAACGUGAUAAGUGGAUCGCUUUAAGAAUAUAGUCAAAAUACAUAAUAAAAAGGCAAAUUCUCUGU